CGUUCUAUAACCCGCUGCAGCGCACCACCUCGCAACCAUUCGACCGCUUGUUCCAUACACCGUCCAUUCGCAUUGUGCUCUGGAGGAAACUGGCAGGAUUUCACCAAUGCGGAUAAUUCGACCAUAAAGAUCCGCAUACAGCCUAAAAACGGGAUCUUUGAAGAAAACAAACACCCCCUCAUAUGCGAAGAGCACAUCUCGGGUUUCUGUGACCUACAGACGAAGAGACAUCCUGCAGCACCUGAACUGAGAAGCAUUUCUGUCCACUCCAUCCUAUAUGCUUUAUUAAUGAUGUCGGAACAGACGCAAUGCAGUGAUGACCUACAGUGAUAGAAGGUCAAUCAUUGGAAAGUGGAUGCAAAUCUCAGCACAAUCGGAAGAGUACAGAAGCUUCUAGAAACAGCUAGAACAGUGGUUCUCAACUAUUUUGACUCAUUGUCAGCAGUUUUCAAUGCUUAAGGUAGGAUAUUUCUGCUGUAAGAUUGCUCGUAAACAAAUUGGGAAACAAGCAGAAAUAGUAAAAUGAGGGGAAAAAGAAAUAUGAUUUCUUGAUUUCAUGUAUUUUAAGCAUUUUAAUAAAAUGUUAAUGUAUUAACAAAAUUAUUAAUAUCAGUUGAAUAAAUCAUAUUCAACAGAAUACUUUUAAGUCAUCCUGUGGCCCCCUUGUGGGCCCUAGUGGGAUUGCCUGGUUGAGAACAUCUGAUCUAGAAUGUGAAUAAUGUGAGUAAAGGAGGCCAUGAGGAAAAUGUUCCGUAACGUUUGUGUUUCUAGAAAGAACGCUUCUGAACACAAUUAAACCAGCACUGACAUCAAAAGAUGGAUGGUUUGUGCUUAACUAAGCGAUGUUUUCCAAAUAACUACACGUGAUUGGCCAGUGGGCUGUACGUGUGUGAUUGACAGGUGAUCCAGCCACUGACGAGAUGCCUUCAAAGGUGUCAUGCCUGUAUUUGCUGACUGUGGUCUGCUGGGCCAGUGCGCUGUGGUAUUUCAGUGGCUCUCGGCCCUCAACCACCUACGUGGGUCAUAUGACCUUCACCCCUCGCAAACCGCUCCCGAGACUCUCGAAGAACGACUCGUUCAGCAACAUCCGAACGCGCACUCUCAACCCUCACAAUUUCAAGUUCCUCAUCAACGAGCCCAACAAAUGCGAAAGCAUAACACCCUUCCUUGUCCUCCUCAUCAGCACCAACCACAAGGAGUUUGACGCCCGCCAGGCGAUCCGGGAGACGUGGGGAGAUGAAAACACAUUCGGCGAUGUUCGCAUUUUGACGCUGUUCCUUCUUGGGUACAGCCCUGAACCUGUCCUCAACCAGAUGGUGGAACAAGAAAGCCAGAUCUUCCAUGACAUCCUAGUGGAGGACUUUGUGGAUUCCUACCACAAUUUGACUCUGAAGACUCUCAUGGGUAUGCGAUGGGUGUCCUUGUUUUGUCCCAACACGCAGUACGUCAUGAAAACAGACAGUGAUAUUUUUGUCAACAUGGACAAUUUAGUAUUUAACCUGCUGAGACCCAACUCCAAACCAAGGCGGCGCUUUUUCACAGGGCAUGUGAUAAACGGUGGACCCAUACGUGAUGUUCACAGUAAGUGGUUCAUGCCCAGAGAGCUUUACCCUGAUAGCAGGUACCCACCGUUUUGCUCUGGUACUGGAUACGUCUUUUCCGGAGACAUUGCAGAGCUGGUUUAUAAGACCUCCCUCCAUACGAGACUCCUACAUUUGGAGGAUGUGUACGUGGGAAUGUGCCUGCGGAAACUAGGCAUUCAGCCUUUCCAGAACAGUGGAUUCAAUCACUGGAAAAUGACCUACAGUCUUUGCCGCUACCGAAAAGUCUUGACUGUACAUCAGAUCUCACCAGAGGAGAUAUUAAGAAUAUGGAACGAUAUGUCUAAUAAGAAACAUCUCAAAUGCUAGCGAAUGUGAGGUGGUUGCGGAAUAAUGUGAUAUUGAAAACAUGGUUAUUUACUGGUAUUAACAGGACUGGCCUGGUGCAGCAAUACAGUCUGUAUACGUGCAACACAGAAUACACUAAUAAAGCCGAUGUCAGUCUGUAGAGCAGUGGUUCCCAGCCACGUUCCUGGAGGCCCCCCAACGCUGCAUGUUUUCCAUGUCUCCUUAAUCAAACACACCUGAUUUCUGAUCAUCAGAUCAUUAGUAGAGACUCCAAGGCCUGAAAUGGGUGUGUCAGACAAAGGAGAGAUACAUAAUGUGCAGUGUUGGGAGGCCUCCAGGAACAUGGUUGGGAACCACUGCUGUUGAACAACAUGCGCAGGGACAAACUGGAUUCACAAGGUAUUUCCAAUGGUUAUAAAAUGGUGUUUUUGGCCUUACAUAUUUACAUUAUUCAUAUACCAGGCCGCUGUGAAAUGCUUUAUAUUAAUAAUGCCAACUUUCAAAUGAACACCAUAUUAUGAGAAAUAGCAGUGCAGUAUUUACUAUUCCAGAUGUCUGCUAUAAACUACAUUUAUUCUACAUUUAUUCUACAUUUACAUCUCUCUUUAAAUGAAUGAUAACUAGAAUAACCCAUGAGAAUGCAUAUUUAUGUGUAGUUCAAGCCUUUGCAAAGCAGUAGAGCUCAGUUUCAUAACUGUGGGUAGGAAAAUUUAGCUUUUUAGGUUACAAUUAUAUAAUGAAUGCAGAAAUAGAUGGUGUACACACACACACACACUUUAAAGAGUUAGUUCACCCAAAAAUGAAAACUAGCCUAUAGUUUACUCACCCUCCAGGCAUCAUAGGUGUACAUGACUUGAGUCUUUCAGACGAAUCCAGUUGGAGUUAUAUCAAUAAUCAUCCUGGCAUUUCCAAGUUUUAUCAUUGCAUAGAUGGGGGUUUCUCUUCGCCAGUCCAAAUAAAAUGCAUCCAUCCAUCCGUGAAUAAAGGCCUCCUGUAGCAAAUUGAUGCAUUUUUGUAGGAAAAAUAUCCAUGUUUUCACGUUACGUCAUCAAUCUGGAAGUUGGUGAUUGCAGCGGCAUUGAGUGUAAACAAUGCCACUGAACCAAACGGAACUCACGUACAGGCUUGGCGAAAAAAUGAAGAAACGGAAGUAAUUCAUUAUGUCAGGAUAAGAAAUAGAAGGAAGAACUAUCGGAUCAUCAGCCUGCGACAACGGGGGCAGAUCGUAUGGAUGUUUAUCACCUAUUACAAAGCUGGACAAUAUGGACUGCCAUGUGGCCUUUGCAAGUUGUACAUUUACUGCACUGCAUUCGUGUUCCAAAAUGUCAUUUGUGUGGAAAUAUUACCUUGUUAUUAUAUUUAGUCUGUAAAAGGCCAUUAACAGCUGAAGACGGACAUAACGGGAGAAAAUACUAUAGCAGGCAGAUCACUCUCACUGUUCACAAUGCACGAAAUAUUGGAAGAAACCCAUAAUAAUGAAUUAGGGGUAGGAGUUUUUAUGAAUGUGUCUCUGAGGGGAACUGUCUUUUUUUCAGAAAAGUUUACAUGGCAUCUUUUCAUCUAGCAGCUGUAUAACGCGUUAUAAACCCGCAUAGCGAAACUUUGUGUACAGCAGUAACCAAGGAAACACUAUGGCUGCUUAGCCUUGAGCCCUGUAUUAACUUUAGUUUGUCAAAAUAAAACGACCUUUCCUGCUUACUAAGUCCUUCUCUAUAUGAUUUAGCAGCUUCCACACAUUUUCCGUGGUUUAGACAGCAAAAAUUAGUAGAGCAAGGUCUUCAGUGGUACACUAACCAUGCAAUCAAUGCUUCUGUUUACAUAUGAGUAUCGCCGCAAUGGCCGCGCAUCCGGGUAACUGACCAGAAUGUGACGUCGGUGCAAACCCUCUAUUUAAAACGGAAGAGCUGGUCGUACCCGGAAGCAGCGCCAGGUGGACGGCGUCGCGCAUGCACUGCGCAGAUUUAGAAGAUUUCGAUAUACAAAAGAAACUUUGCUUCCUUUCCUCCUGUAAACAAACGUUGGUUUUCACGAGACACACCAACGCAUGCGGAACGCCGUCGUCCUACUUCAUCCACCCGGUGCUGCGUCGGGGUACGACCAGCUGGCACAAGCUAGAUUAAAGUGAUUAUUACGUUUUAGAUAUGGAUAUUGUUCUUACAAAAACACACCGAUUCGCUACAGGAGGCCUUUAUUUACCCCCUGGAGCCGUGUGAGGCACUUUUUAUUUUGGAUGGAUACAUUUUAUUGGACUUGUUUUGGACUGAUGAAGUGAAACACCUGCCCAUGCAGUGAUAGAGCUUGGAAAUGCCAGGAUAAUUUUUAAUACAACUCCAAUUGGAUUCGUCUUAAAGAAGGAAGUAAUAUACACCUAGGAUGUCUGGAGGGUGAGUAAAUUAUGAGCUAAUUUUCAUUUUUGGGUGAACCCUUUAAUUCUGCAUGCAGUACUUACAUUUUUUUGUAAAGGGGUUGUAUUGUUUUUUGUAUUAUUAUUAUUUAAAUUGUAUAUUUUGUUAUAUUGUUUUUUAUAUAAUUGAUUUUGUAAAUAUUUACUUCAUUUUUUUGCACCUAAAUUUAGUUUGUGACUAUUUUCCAAUCUCUUAAACUUUUAAAAUCUGAAAGUUACAAUAUUUUUCAUAGUAUAAUUAACGUUUUAUUAAAAAAAAAAAUGAACAUUUAAUUUCUCAUGAUGACCUCUUUUACAUAAGGAGCUAUGCAAAAUACUCCAAGCAAUCUGGCUAAAUUUGAGAAACAUGCUUAAACCAAUCGCCCGAGCAUAAUGUAACCCCAUAAUAUAACUGGAACAAAAAAGUCAAUUUUUCACUUUUACAAAUAAUAGGUACUUUGUAUUUUUGACGACCAUCUUGAGUGAUGCAGUGUGUGCUGCAUUACUGUACAUUUAGCCAUUUGAUUGUACUGCUGAUGGAUGAAUGAAACAGGACGGGGAUUAAAUCU